AUAGGGAUGCUGCUUUUCGUCCAUUCAUUCUUCGAGUUACUCCCCCGUCUAGUGUAACAUUCCAUUUCCAAUCUUAAAGAUGCAGUCCGUACCUCCUCUUCCUCCGACGACCUCCCAUGAGCCGUCCGUCGCCGCUACACCCGCCUCCGCAGCCGCCGCCGUAGCCGCCGCCAAUGCCAAGCCUAAAAAUCUAGAAAAGAAGAAGGCCGCCCUAGCCCACCAGCGCAUCUCGUAUCCCUUCUGGUUCGGCGGGAGCGCGAGUAGUCUUGCCGCCUGUGUGACACAUCCGCUCGAUCUCGUCAAAGUCCGGCUCCAAUUGCGAACCGGCGAUGCUCCCAAGAACAUGAGCGGCACCUUCGUACACGUCGUGCGGACGCGGGGGGUCCGGGGGCUGUAUAACGGCCUAUCGGCGUCGCUGCUCCGGCAGAUGACGUACUCAACCGUUCGUUUCGGCGUGUACGAAGAGCUCAAGGCUCACUUCACAGCAGAUGGCCACAAGCCUUCGUUACCGUUACUCAUCGGACUGUCGACGUUUUCUGGUUUCCUAGGUGGAAUAUCCGGAAACGCCGCGGACGUAACCAACGUGCGCAUGCAGCAGGACGCAGCGCUACCAGCAGCCCAGCGCCGGGGCUAUAAGCACGGACUCGACGGUAUGUUCCGUAUGCUCCGUGACGAAGGGGUCCGGAGUUGGUUCCGUGGGGUCCUGCCGAACAGCACCCGCGCCGCGCUCAUGAAUGCCGGCCAACUGGCUAGCUAUGAUACGUUCAAGGGGAUGCUGAUAGCGUACACGCCGCUGGGUGAUACCACUACGACGCACUUUGCCAGCUCAUUGUUUGCCGGGUUCGUGGCUACUACGAUAUGCUCACCAGUCGACGUCAUCAAGAGCCGAGUAAUGAGCACGAGUCACAAGCAGGGGAUUGCCCACCUGCUACGUGAGAUCUAUGCCAAGGAGGGCGCCUCAUGGAUGUUCAAGGGCUGGGUACCGGCCUUUUUAAGGUUAGGACCGCAAACGAUAUGUACAUUUUUGUUCUUAGAAGCACACCGCAAGGUUUAUAGAAAGUUCAAGGGGAUUGAAUAAGUAUUCCUGGAUGCAGAUACGGAUGAGCCUCGAUAUAACACAGAUAGAAUGGACAUGGAUCUAGAGGUUAUACCUAGAAUGACGGCGUUUGGGAGACAUUGGUAAUUUUAGCUGUCGGUCAGUUUAGGGUACAAUGCUUUCUAUUGCGUG